UCUACUCUAUUGUAGAUACCCCGAUACCCAACCCUACCUAGGUAGGUAACUUUGAAUGGGCAUAAUCAAAGGGAAUAACCUAGGUAAUGAACUUAAUUAAUUAUACUCUUAUAUUUCUCUCUUAAUAAUUCAACUUUAUAUCUUUUAUUCCAUCUACUUCAUCAACCCGUACCAUUCACCAUAAACCAUUCAAUACCUGCAUAAAGAAUCAACCAUGGCAUCGUCCAAACCCGUCAUACCCCAGAACGACAACGUCGCGCACGCCCUCGCCGGCGCCGGCGGGGGUAUUCUCUCCAUGGUCUUAACGUACCCCCUCAUAACCCUCUCCACACGCGCGCAAGUCGAAUCGAGCCGAGCCGAAACCGCCUUCCUAGCCGCAGCGCGACAAAUCGUAGCGCGCGAAGGCACCGCUGGUCUCUACGCAGGGCUCGACAGCGCCGUCUUCGGCAUCAGCGUGACCAACUUCGUAUACUACUACUGGUACGAAUGGACGCGAGGCUUUUUCGAAGCCGCGGCCUCGCGCGCCGGGCGCGCUUCCAAGAAACUUACCACCGUCGAAGCCAUGAUCGCCGGCGCGGUCGCCGGGUCCGCGACCGUGAUCCUUACGAAUCCGAUUUGGGUCGUGAACACGCGCAUGACGACGCGAAAGGGGCAGAUUGAAGAGGAAGAGCAGGAUAAGAGUAUUGAGGACUUGGGGGAAGUGGAGAAGAAGAAGAAACAACCCACAACACUUAGCACGUUAACUGCGCUGCUUAAGGAUGAGGGACCACAGGCACUAUUCCGGGGUGUGGUGCCCGCGCUAGUGCUGGUCAUCAAUCCAAUUUUGCAGUACACAUUGUUCGAGCAGCUCAAGAAUGCGUAUGAGAGGCGGCGCAAGCGCAGCGUAACACCCACCGUGGCAUUCUUCCUGGGUGCUUUGGGCAAGCUAUUUGCUACCUCGAUUACGUACCCGUACAUCACGGUAAAGAGCCAAAUGCAUGUUGCCAGUGACGACGCUCAGGGGAAGCGCGAGGGUAUGACGCAGGCUAUUCGCCGUGUCAUCAAGGAAGAAGGUUAUGCUGGGUUGUAUAAGGGUAUUGGACCCAAGGUUACUCAGAGUGUCUUGACCGCUGCGUUCCUUUUCGCCUUCAAGGACGUACUCUACGAGCAAACCGUCAAGCUUCGAGGCGCCAUGGCUAAGCGAGCCGUCAAGGCGUAAACACCUGCCUUGAUAACUCACUAAAAAUGUUUACGAUAGGUUACGCAAAUUUCCUAUAUCGUUUUAAAAUUGUACAUACCCACUGUCUUUGUCUAUCGUGUGCCUUGGUUAGGAUCAGUAGGGAUGCUCUGGUUGGGCUGGUAUGAUUCCAAUGUCAUUUGUCAUCGACUUCAAUUCAAAACGAAUUCGAUCAUUUUCCGUGGCGAAGUCAACGGAGCUGGGUCUGCUAUGAGGAACAGAAUUAGUAAGUUCUGCUCCA